AAGAUAAUUCUCUGCAAAAUUGCGAAAGGGGAAGCAAGUGAUUCAACAUCAUCAGAAUAUUGUUGUUUAUUUUUCUUUAAGCAGCCUUACAGUUGUAAAGUCGAAGCCAUGAGUCUUUUAGGAAAGUUGUUUGGUUCGGGUAAAAAUAAAGACAAGGCUCCUUCACCCCAGGAGGGGAUUCAGAGGCUUAGAGAAGUCGAGGAAAUGUUGAUGAAAAAAUCUGACUUUCUAGAAAAGAAAAUAGAGCAGGAACUCACAACAGCCAAAAAAAUGGGGACUAAAAACAAACGAGCUGCACUAGCUGCUCUCAAACGAAAGAAGAGGUUUGAAAAACAACUACAACAGAUUGAUGGAACAUUGACAACCAUUGAAUUCCAGAGGGAAGCCUUGGAGAAUGCCAGUACAAACACAGAAGUAUUGAAAGUCAUGGGUGUUGCAGCCAAAGCCCUUAAGGGAGCACACAAUAAUUUAGAUGUUGACAAAGUGCAUGACCUUAUGGAUGAAGUGGCAGAGCAGCAGGAAAUAGCAAAUGAAAUUUCAGAUGCCAUUUCUAAUCCUGUAGGAUUUGGACAAGACCAGGAUGAGGAUGACUUACUAGCAGAACUAGAGGAGCUAGAACAAGAAGAAAUUGAUGAACAGUUGAUUGGUGUCCCCACACCCUCUGCUGCAGACACACUUCCGUCUGUUCCAACCGACGAGAUCUCGGUACCAUCCACCUCAAAAAGCAAGGCCAAGGCACAAGAAGAUGAUGACGAAUUAAAGGAACUUGAGAUGUGGGCAAGUUAAGUGUGAGGCAGAUAUUAGACUGAUCCGGUCUCGCUGCUGUGAUUAGGUGUGAAAGUGAAGAACAACAAACCAACCAGACAUUUUAUUUACCACAUUAAUGUAGAUUUGUUUUAACAAGAAAUUUCAAGAAUGUACAUCCACAGUUCUAGGGGGCCACGUUGUGUUGUUUCUGGAACGUGGAGGGUGAGGGGGGAUAACUUUGUGGCAUUUUUAAAUGGGAGGGGGGGGGGGGGGGGCUAAUUGUAUCAAUACAUGUACAAUAUAUUAUCAUACAUUUAUUAACAAUACAUAACACAGAACCGGUAGUUAGAGCAUACUUUACUGUGAAUAGUGAAUACUUUAAUGUGAAUAGUUUAUUAUUUUUAUCAAUAAUUAAAUACAUGUAGCACAUUUAUGUUACACUUACGUAUGUUCUUGAUAUGAUAAGUUUUUAUCAUUUAAUUUGCUUUGAUAUCCACUGUUAUGAGGUGUUUUUCUUUCUUUAUUAAUUCCUUCCAGAACGCUUAUCAUCCUGGGAGAGCAUAUAGCAGUAUCUUGCUGAAUACUGCAGGAUGUGUGUGAAAAAAUUUAAAUCUUGUAUCUAGUAAUUUUUAAGUUUUUGAGACAUUGGAUUUUAGUGACUGAUAGUGUUGUUUUGUUGAUCAGUGCUGUAUUUAUGUUAUAUAUAUGUGUGAUGUAGUAGUGUUAAUGUUAAUUGUCCUAUCCUGUUAUUAUACAUUCUUGUAAAUAAAACAACAUUUGAAUAAAUUAUACUCCACAUGGUA